AUGGGAACUCCAGAAAGUGCGAGGGAGCCAUGUCCAGAUCGGAUCUUAGAUGAUAUCGGCGGUGCGUUUGGGAUGGGUGCGGUUGGAGGAUCUGCGUUUCACUUCAUAAAAGGAAUCUACAAUUCCCCCGCCGGAUAUCGUCUCUCCGGCGGAACUCAGUCUCUACGGAUGAACGGGCCGAAACUCGGAGGAAGCUUCGCGGUGUGGGGAGGUCUCUAUUCGACCUUCGAUUGCGCUUUCGUGUACGCGAGACAGAAAGAGGAUCCAUGGAACUCGAUCUUUUCAGGCGCCGCUACUGGUGGUCUACUCGCGUUGCGUCAAGGAUUUGCUUCUUCGACUCGAGCGGCUUUGUUCGGAGGUGUGAUUUUGGCUCUGAUUGAAGGAGCUGGGAUCAUGAUGAACAAAGCUGCGGCUUCGGCGCAGAACGAGCAGGUUUUGAUGGGGGAUGUUGGUUCGGUACAGUCUGGUCAGAUUUUUGGUCAGACCGUACCGGAGACUGGUUCUGGUUCGGAGUCUGGUACGGGAUCUUGGUUUGGGGAUUUGUUUGGAAAGGGGAAGAAGAAGGAAAGUGAGGAGAAUUCAGGGAGCAAAACUCAGAUUUUGGAGAGCUUUGAUGCGCCUCCUGUGCCGACUUACGAGUUUUAA